AUGGAUUUCCUUACUCCUGACAAGAAUGUUUGCAAUUAUGAUUUACGAGCUAAUGUUAAAAACACUUCGACUAUUCCUCCAGGAUACAUCCCUCCUCUCAUUCGAGGUCUUAGUUUAGAAGAUUCUGUGAAAUCCACGUCAUGGUCCACUUCAAAACACAAGCCACAUUCCUUAUAUCUGGGGAUUAAUCAGGGAUAUAAUGACACCAGUUCACUGGAUUCCAUUUUCCCGCAACCAAAUACUUUAAAUCAAAGAACCACAACAAACAUAUCGAAGAUAAUAACAAACGAUAAAUCACAUCGAAGUAAAUCUUCAACUGUUCCAAAUGUCAUGAAAAUUGUACGUAAAAGUUAUGAUACACUAGAUGUUGGUAGAAGUCGUUAUGAAAAACAUUUAAAAGUUGAUUCUGAAUUAAUUGCUCAACAAGUCACUUUAAUUGAACUGGAAUACUUUCAAGCAAUCGAAGCAGAUGAAUUUUAUACAUUAAAAUGGAAUAGUAAAGAAAAACUACAAUAUGCUCCAAAUAUUGUUGCUUCUACAAGAUGGUUUAAUCAAAUUAUAUUCUGGGUUCAAAAAGAUAUAUUAAAUGAGAAAAGUUUAUCGAAGCGAACAGAAAUAUUAUCACAUUUUAUACGAAUAGCAAAGAAACUAGUUGAUUUAAAUAAUUUCUCAUCAGGAAUGGCUAUUGUAUCUGCUUUACAUAUGCAAUGUAUUCAUCGAUUAAAUGCUACAUGGUCUAAUUUAUCUUCACGUGAUCGUCAUACAUUUCGAAAAUUGUCAGAUUUGUUUUCUCAAGAAGAAAAUUUUAUUAAUCUUCGUUCAGCUGUAGAUAAUUCACGUCUUCCAUGUAUACCAUAUUUAGGUAUUUAUCUUUCUGAUUUAACUUUUAUUGAUAUGACUAAUCAAGGUAAACAAGAUCGAAUUAAUAAUAUCUUACGGAUUAUUGCAAAUUUUCAACAAUCCAACUAUCCUUUUGUUCGAAAUGAAUCCAUAGCCAGUUAUUUGGAAGCACAACGUUACAUAGAAGAACUUCAACGAUUUAUUGAAGAUGCAAAUUAUAAAUUAUCUAUUCAAUUAGAACCUCCACCUAUAUCAUCUCCACCAGAUCUAUCACGUCAAAAUACUGUCCCACCGAAUUAUUCAUUUCUAAGUAAUAAUGAUAAUAUAUUAAAACCUGUGCCAAUUUAUAAUUGUACAACAAACAUUACUUCCAAUUGUGAUACAAUAACAACAACUAACUACUACAUUGUCUUCCAUUAA